AUGGGAGGUGGCUUCGGUGGCAACAUGGAAGGUGGCUUUGGCGGCAUGGGAGGUGGAUUUGGAGGCAUGGGAGGUGGCUUUGGAGGCAACAUGAUGGGUGGCUUGGGAGGUGGCUAUGGCGGCAACAUGAGUAGCGUUGGAGUUGGAUUCAUCGGCAACAUGACCGGUAUGGGACGCAAUGAAGAUGCUUCCGGUGGUGCUCACGGCAACGAGAGUUCGCCGCUUGUUGAGAACGUCGACAAAGACGGUGGUGAAGAUGAUGAUCGUACCACGGUUCACAACGCCGGUGGUGUUGAUGACCCGCAUGAGUAA